AUGUUGACUUCAUCCGUUGCAGCUCCCACGGACUCGACCCCGAAAUCCGCACCGAAAGCGCCGAGCCUGACACGUUUCCCUUCCAGUUGGAUCCCGCUCUCGACUUCGCAUCCUCUCGGAUCCUCAACGCUCUCACACCACCUCGAACCAACCCAACGGGUGUUUCUCGACCCUCAGAAGAAGGUGAAAUAUCUCUGGAAAUCGAGGGGUCAUAGGAAGGGUUGUGCGGUCGAGGUUCAGUCAGACGACGCGCACUUGAAGGCAGAGGCCGCAGAGCCAGAGAAGGAGGGUGUUUGGAAGGAGGAUAGAGUAAACGGUUUGAGGUGGUGGGGUUGGGAUUAUUGGGAUAUUAGUUGGUGGGUGGCCAGUGAGUCGUACAUGAGUUUAGACUGCAGCUACAAGUGGGCUCAGAAGCUGAUUUGUCCUUCGGCUGUUCCGGGAACGCCGUAG